AUGCGGCAAGAUAAUGCUAAACUUCGAGCUUCAAAAUCAAAAGAAGAUAGAGCUGUUCGCUUAGAGCACAUGCGGCAACAUAAUGCUAAACUUCGAGCUUCAAAAUCAAAAGAAGAUAGAGCUGUUCGCCUAGAGCACAUGCGACAACAUAAUGCUAAACUUCGAGCUUCGCAAUUAAAAGAAGAUAGAGCUGUUCGCUUAGAGCAAAUGCGGCAACAUAAUGCUAAACUUCGAGCUUCACAAUCAAAAGAAGAUAGAGCUGUUCGCUUAGAACACAUGCGGCAACAUAAUGCUAAACUUCGAGCUUCACAAUCAAAAGAAGAUAAGCUGUUCGCUUAG